ACUCUCUACAGCACCAGAGCAGAAGGUAUGGACUUCGAGGGGAACUGGCGCAUCCGUGAAGGGCCACGGUCACCAGUCCGCCUGUUCUCCGACAAAUCCGUAUUCCGGGAAUCUCCGCCCUUCGUCUGCAUGAUUAGCCACUAGUGCCCUUCAUGUGCUGGGCUCGUCUAUUACGAACUAUACGACCCAAUCCUAGCGCAGGAGGCGGGGUCUUGUCCGAAUACGGGUGGGAUUUGGGAAUACAGGUGUAGAAAAAAUAAAUAACGUGGUCACGGCUUCCACCGAGGCCUUUCCCCAUCCGUAUCCGCUAUCGGAAGCCUAAAUCCAGUGACUGCGUAUGAUUGGAGUCCCCUGAUGUCACUCAGGAGCCGCCUGCCAUCCCUCCUCCCUUUCUCUCUCCCCUUCUCCUGCUUCCCUUCUUUGCUGCACUCGGCGACCAUAUCGGCCGUCAGGGGAAAGAGAACGACUCCGGGAAGAAGGGAAUGUUGUAGUUUUUUCCCCUCAUUAUAUAAGAACAGACUCGCAAAAUGUCGAUGACACGGUCGAGGCGCCUGCUUACAGCUCGCCUCUCCAUAAACCCUCACUGCUGAGACGAGACGUGUCUGUCCGUGCUUUUAGCUGCCGACUUCGCUCGACACGGCAAAAUGGAUCCCACUUUUCUUGAUCGCGUUUUGGUCGCAAACAAAAGAAAACCCUCGAGAAAAUAGUACAAGAGCGCCGCGGAAGAAUCGAAUAUUGACUACAUGAACCACGUGUGUCAACUCUAUGGACGAAAACAUACUGCACUCUUGAGGUACAGGUGCCCCCACCACAUGGAGAAGGUAGGCAAGGUGUGGAGCAACCUGAAGAAGGGAUGUCAGUCUCUGCUCCACCCAGAUGGAGGUUCCCGUGGGGAAGUGACACCGCAAACACAGCUAGAUACAUUUUCUCGGAAUGUGGACCAGGUCCAGCGAGAGAGCAUACCAGAACCACCCAGCCCUUCUCGCAACAGAUCAGCACUCCCUUUGGUAUCCCAAAGGGUUAAUGGCAGCAUGGCACGCCGGGGUCAUAACUGCGUGGCGGAUGUGCCCCAGAUAUUAGAGAUCACAGUUGAGCAGGACAUUGAGGAUGGGUGUGCCCCUCUUGGCUCCCGCAGAGACUCUUAUUCACGUCACGCUCCCUGGAGUGGCAAGAAGAGGCACUCAUGCUCCACCAAGGCACAGAGCUCCCUGGAGACCACUGAAAGGCAGAGUGGCCGGUCCCGUCGUAGGCAUGGAGCAAGUAGCAGCAGCAGGGAGGAACUAGAGCCAGGAGCACCACGCUCCUUGCGGCAGCAAUUCCAUGAUACGAUGGGCCUGUGCCUCCCUCUGCGCUCUUCGUCGCGCAGCACCCACUCACGGCCACCAAAGCGCAAGAUUCAGAUCACUGAGCUGAUGCUGGAGACAUGCCCCUUCCCGCCUGGCUCAGACCUUGCCCGCAAAUGGCAUCUCAUCAAACAGCAUACAGCUCCUGUUACAGCCACAACAGUCGACUGCUUCGCGGAAUGUCCUGAUGCUGCGCGUGCUUCUCCAGAGGAUGAGGAGGAGCGGCUGCGUGAGCGACGAAGGCUCAGUAUAGAAGAGGGCGUGGACCCACCACCUGAUGCCCAGAUACACACGGUGGAGGCUGUCGCAGCACCCUUGGCCUCCAUCUACAAGCUGGGACCCAAACUGGCCCCCGGGAUGGGGGAGGCUGUGAGCGAGAGCCGGGGAGCUGCAGCAGCUGACUGCGACUCUGAAGACGAUGAUGCCACCACUCUUUGCCUGCAGGCCCGCCGGCCCAAGCAGCGCCACAUCUCGGUGGAGGGCCACCUAGGCAGCAAGCACCCAGGACCAUGGAAGGUGCACACACAGAUUGAUUAUAUACACUGCCUGGUGCCGGACCUGCUGCAAAUCACGGUGCUGCCAUGUUACUGGGGAGUGAUGGACCGCUAUGAGGCCGAGGCGCUGCUGGACGGCCGGCCUGAGGGCACCUUCCUGCUACGUGAUUCGGCCCAGGAAGACUACCUAUUCUCUGUUAGCUUCCGUCGCUAUGGUCGCUCGCUGCAUGCACGGAUCGAGCAGUGGAACCACAACUUCAGCUUUGAUGCCCAUGACCCCUGCGUGUUCCAUGCAGCCACGGUCACGGCGCUGCUCGAGCACUACAAGGACCCCAGUGCCUGCAUGUUCUUCGAGCCCCUUCUCACUUCACCUCUCCAUCGGACCUUUCCGUUCGGCCUGCAGAGUCUGGCUCGGGCUGUUAUCUGCCGUGGGACCACCUACGACGGCAUUGCAGCACUGCCUCUACCGCCAACAAUGCAAGACUACCUCAGGGAGUAUCACUAUAAGCAGAGGGUACGUGUGCGCUGGCUGGAGCGAGAACCGCUCAAGGUCAAGUGAGAGGGAGCUAACCUAGAACUCUACUCCUGCUAGACUAAGAAUGGGGUUUUGGUGUGGGGAGGGGCUUACACUGUGUACCAAGCAGCAGGGGUCAGGGGAGUCUCUCAGAAGACUAGUCUAUUCAGCACUUUCUAGAGUUGCAGGAUUUAAGAUCUUUUGUGGGGCAAGAGAUGGGGUAUUGGGGGAGGGAGCAAAGGGGGCUGAACCUAAACACAAUAUAUAAGCUUCUGUCUUUUUCUGUUCUGUUUAUUUCUUAUUACUCAGCACCAACAAAUACAUAGUUAUAAAGCUAGAUUGGCUCUCCCAGUAGACACAUCACUCUACAGCUUCUGGACUUCUAGACUGAAGCAGUGGGGGGCCUUAGUUUCACUUUCCCACCCCCUUCACCCCCCAGCUUCUUUUGAUAUUCUCAGAGAAGAUGUUUGGGGGUUGCUCUUGUAAAAGAUAUGGUCAUGCACCGACAUGCUCACUGCUUGACUACAUGGUUUUAGUCUUUUCACUGUGUUGAUUUUCUUUCACAUGCUAAUAUGCAUUUGUACAGCCAUUCACUUCCCUACUUACUUUGAAAUGCAUUGCAAAUGCAUUGUUAGCUUUUAAGGUCAUAUCAUGGACAGUUUGGGCAAGU